GUCCUGAUGCACUGCGCAUGCGCCCGGUGCUCCGCCUUGUUUCAGUAGGACAGGGGAUUAGGCUCAUCGUCUCGGUGGCGUUGAAACUUAGCCGCUCCAUGUAACGUUACCGAAUCCGGGUCCUGUUGUUUUCCAGUCCUCGGUAUGGACUCUCAGAAAGAGGCCCUACAAAGGAUAAUAACCACCUUAGCAAAUAAAAACGAUGAGCUGCACCAUUUCAUCGAGACGCUGAGUCACCUGCUGGCUGGAGUUCAGGUCAACUCUAGCCAGGUGGUGUCUGACUUAGAAGAGGAGUUUGACACACUGUUCUCUAUCCUGGAAGAGACUAAGGAGAGCAUGACCAACACUAUAAAGCAAGAACAGGCCAGGAAAUCACACGAACUGCAGAACCAGCUGACGCAGAGCAAUAAUGCACUGGAGAGUGCAGAAGAGUUGCUGGAGUUCGCCCAACACGCACUGGAUAUCAAAGACGAGGAUGAGUUCACCAAGGCUGCCAAACAGAUCAAAGAUAGGGUGACGAUGGCUCCUGCCUUUCGCCUCACCAUGAAGCCCAAAGCCUCAGACAACAUGACCCACUUAAUGGUGGACUUUUCACAGGAGCGCCAGCUUCUCCAGGGCCUUCGUUUCCUUCCCGUCCCCAGAGCUCCAGAAAUCGACGUCCAGGACUGUGUGGUGAUGGACAACAUGGUGACCGUCAUCUGGAGGAUGCCGGUGGAGGACAGCAAGAUCGACCACUACAUCCUCGAAUACAGAAAAACCAACCAUGAGGGUCUGGCUCGAGUCAAGGACGAGCAUCAAUGGGAGAUUGUGGACAACAUCAAGAGCACAGAGUACACACUGAUGGGGUUAAAGUUUGAUUCCAAAUUCAUGAACUUCCGGGUUCGAGCGUGUAACAAAGCAGCAGCUGGAGAUUAUUCUGAUCCUGUCACACUGGAAACCAGAGCGUUCAACUUCACCUUUGACUCGUCGUCCUCGCACCUGAACCUGAAGGUAGAGGAGAGCGGUGUGGAGUGGGAUCCACAGGGAGGAAAAGGCCUGGACAGUAAGGUCAAAGGGAAGGAGAACAAGGGCAGUGCACAGCUCACUAAUCUGAAGAACAUGACAAGAAGUGGAACUCCGUCUCCGAAAAGAGGGUCAACUGCUCGCUCACCAGCUCCCAGAGGAGGCAGAGAUCGGUUUACUGGAGAGUCCUAUACAGUACUCGGUGACACCAGUAUAGACUCCGGUCAGCACUACUGGGAGGUGAAGGCCCUUAAAGACUGCAAGUCCUAUAGCAUCGGUGUAGCCUAUAAGAACCUGGGCAAGUUUGAUCAGCUGGGUAAAACCAACACCACCUGGUGUAUCCAUGUCAAUAACUGGCUCCAGAACUCCUUCGCUGCCAAACACAACAACAAGGCCAAGAGCCUGGAUGUGGCAGUACCUGAGAGAAUAGGAGUUUACUGUGACCUGGACGGAGGUCAGCUGUCAUUUUACAACGCAGAAAGCAAACAGCUGCUUCACUCGUUCAAGACGAAGUUCACUCAACCUGUUGUACCGGCGUUUAUGGUGUGGUGCGGUGGCCUGAGCCUGUCGACUGGGUUACAGGUUCCCAGUGCGGUAAGAAGCCUCCAGAAAGCUGAAAAUGGGCUGGCGGGAUCAAACAGCAGUCUGAACAGCAUGGCACAGUAGUCUAAGCUCAAAAACUAUGAAUUCACUGAUUCAAGCUGAUCUAGGACUAGCUUCCUGUUUAAUCCAUCCCUAAUCAGCAGCAAAGAGCAACCUGUAUGAACAACCCCAUGACCUGGGACCCUGACUUCCUGCUUCCUGGGGAAUACAUCAUCCAGCACUGGAAAACUGUAAAGCAUCAUGGGAAAAGAAAUCUGUCACUGGCAAGCCUAGAUUUCUCCAAAAUAAGGAGAGCUGCCUCUUUUUCUGUUUUUCUUUUUUCUUGUUGAUUAAGAAAUUCUAGCAGCUUUAUCAGGGAUUAGCGGAGUGCACUUUUUUCCCUUACUAAUUUUAGAUUUUUUUUUUCCUUUCCUGCUUUUGUAAUGAUUUAUUUCUGACACAACAUUAGUCUGGUAUGACAGAUUCUUUAUGCUUUGAUUUGUUCUAUUACUUUUAAUGACCUAUUUUUUUUAGUUUAGCGUCUGUCUGUAUAUGUGUGAAUACAGCCUGUGAGUGUGGGUGACGAUUACCUCGUGUCUGCACAAAGAUAUUUUUCCUUAAACCGUCAAAUCCUUGUACCAUUUGAACUAUGAAGCCUGUAGAUUUUUUUUUACUACACUAUGUUAAGGGGUUGAAUAUGACUGUGGAACAAUGUUUGCACGAUGUAAACCAUAUAAUGCUGCUUUCUAUAUAUUUAGGUUUCUGUUAUUGUACUGUUUGUACAACAGUCCUGUUCACCAAAAACACAUCUUUCAGACGUAGGUUUCAGACAACUUUCAUACGUGCUGCAGUGUUGAAAUUUUUUUUCUCUUUUUUUUUGAUUUCAUGGGUUAUUUUGUUUGUUUGUUUUUGUUUAUUUUGCUGUUUUGAUCUGAUUAUGUACUGUAUGUGCAUAUCAACAACUGUCAUUUCUGUCCAUUCAGUAAAUUAUUGAUUUUUUAAAACGGUCUUCCUGUAGUGCGCAUAUAAAAAAAAAAGUUUUGGUAAAGUGGAAAUGGAAAUUAAAUGGAAAGUGCAGCACAAUAAUUUAUUCUACUUUACUCUGAGGCACUAAGACCACACCUCACUGAGAAUGACAGGAACACAGGCCACUCCUCCUUCAGUAGUCCUGAUAGACACUGAGGCCACACCCCCUUCAUUGAGACUGAAAGAAACAGAGGCCAUGCCUUCUUCAUUGUGAAUGAUGGACACAGAGGCCACACCCCUUUUACUGAGUCUGACAGUAACAGAGGUCAUACCUCCUUCAGUAAUCCUGACAGACACAGAGACCAAACUUCCAAUAUGAAUGAUAGACAAUGAGGCCACACCCCCUUUACUGAGACUGACAGAAACAGAGACCAUGCCUUCUUCAAUAUGAAUGAUAGACACAGAGGCCACACCCCUUUUACUGAGUCUGACAGUAACAAAGGCCACACCUCCUUCAGUAAUCCUGACAGAGACCACGCCUUCUUCAGUAUGAAUGAUAUGAAUGAUAGACACCAAGGCCACACCCCCUUCACUGAGACUGACAGAAACAGAAACCACACCUUCUUCAAUAUGAAUGAUAGACA